AUGGCUGACAACGACAUGGAAAUGACGCAUGCUGAAAUGUGGGAUGACUCCGCCCUCAUAGACUCAUGGAACGAGGCCCUGGACGAGUACAAGGCAAGUGGUCCCUUGCCGUCUCAUGAGAGACGAUGGUUCCCCUCUACCCUCGACGCGCAACCGCAGGCGGUCGAUCAGCUAGAGAUCGUGCCCGGCACUGAAGGAGCCAGCAAAACGGAGGAGGCUGGCAGCAGCACGGAAGUAAAACAACCCCUCGACCCUAGUGGAAAUCCAGGCAGAUCAGAAAAGCUUGGCUCUGUCCUCAUGCAUCUGGUCCAGAAUGACUCCAGCGACGUGCCUAUCGCAAAGGCAGUCUCGGGUCACGGCGAUAACGGCCUAGGUCCUGCGACAAUGGGCCCACAAAGCCUCCUAGGUACAGUGCAAGACGAAGGGCUGAAAAAACUCCUGAUGUCUUGGUACUACGCCGGAUACUAUACCGGACUUUACGAAGGCCAGCAGCAGCAGCAGCAGCAGCAAGCAAAGUAG